GGUGGCGGCUCGGCUCCGCCAUGCCGGUGGGCGCCUCCCCGGCCGCCAAGUCCCGCUACAGCCUGGUGGACGACCGGCACGACCUGCGCCUGCCGCUGCACAACGACGACGCCUUCCAGCACGGCAUCGCCUUCGAGGCCAAGUAUAUUGGCAGCCUAGACGUGCCCCGGCCAAACAGCAGAGUGGAGAUCGUGACCGCUAUGCGGCGUAUCAGGUAUGAGUUCAAAGCCAAAAGCAUCAAGAAGAAAAAGGUGACCCUGAUGGUGUCCGUGGACGGCGUGAAGGUGGUGCUGAAGAAGAAGAAGAAGAAGAAAGAGUGGGACUGGGAUGAGACCAAGCUGCUGGUGAUGCAUGACCCCAUCUACAGAAUAUUCUAUGUGUCCCACGAUUCCCAGGACCUGAAAAUCUUCAGCUACAUUGCCAGAGAUGGCUCAAGCAAUGUCUUCCGCUGCAACGUCUUCAAGUCCAAGAAGAAGAGCCAAGCUAUGCGCAUUGUCCGAACUGUGGGGCAAGCGUUUGAGGUCUGCCACAAGCUGAGCCUACAGCACACUCAUCAGAACGCCGAUGGCCAGGAGGACAGCCAGAGUGAGAGGGGCAGCGAGGACUUGGGAGCACCAGCUAGCGGUGUGCCUGAAGCGCCGCCUGUCAGCGCCGCGGAGGAGACUGACAUUGACGCGGUGGACGUCGGGCUGCCCGGGAGCGACCACUUGGAGUUCAACAGGGGGGUGACGGACCUCGAUGCCGUCGGCGGGGAGUCUCCCACCCUGCCCUGCAACAAGGGCUUGCUUAACCCAGAGAAUAUCCUGCUGGCUUCUUCCAAGAUGCUGCUGCCUUCCUCCGCCCAGCUACCCGAGCCGGGGGUCCCUCUGUCGACUCACCACCAAAUGCAGCUUCUGCAGCAGCUCUUGCAACAGCAGCAGCAGCAGACCGAAGUUGCAGUGGCCCAGGUGCAUUUGCUGAAGGACCAGCUGGCGACCGAGGCCGCUGCCCGCCUUGAAGCCCAAGCCCGGGUGCACCAACUCCUGCUGCAAAACAAGGACCUCCUUCAACACAUCUCCCUUUUAGUGAAGCAGGUGCAGGAACUGGAGGCAAAGCUGUUGGGACCCCAGACCAUGGGCUCUCAAGACAGUUUGCUGGAAAUCACCUUCCGGGCAGGCGCCCAACCCAUGCUGUGCGACCCCACCACCCCGAUGCCUGUGGACACCCACCUGCUCCAGCUGGAUCACGGCUUCCCUGGCCUUGCCAACUCCCUGAGCGGCCCUUUAGGUAGGAGCGACUGCUUGGCCAAGCUGGAAUGCUUCCGCUUCCUCCCCGGCGCCACGCCCCCCCUGGGCAGUUUGGAGCUCAUCAAGUUCCGAGAGUCCGGGAUUGCCUCCGAGUACGAGUCCAACACGGACGAUAGCGAGGACUGGGGCUCGUGGGCCCAGGAGGAGCCGCUCCGACUGCUCAACGUCUUGCACAAGCAGGGGCUGGGGGACAGCCUGGACGAUGAGAUCGCGGUGUAA